GGCGGCUCCGCCUCCUCUCGAGCUCCGCCGCGCUCCACUCUGGGACUGCGGGGAGCCGGGGGAAGGCGGUGCGGACACCAUGGCUCGCGUGCUGAGCCGGGACCCGGUGGACAUUGAGAACAUUCUGGCUUUAAAUCCCCGAAAACAGACACAUGCAGCUCUUCAUUCAACUGCAGCAAAGAAACAAGUUAAGAAGCAAUGGAAAAGGAAUGCUGACAAAAGCUGUUCAAACUGUGAGAAACUAGAAAAUAAUUUUGAUGACAUCAAGCACACGACUCUGAGUGAGCGAGGAGCACUCCGAGAAGCAAUGAGGUGCUUAAAGUGUGCAGAUGCUCCCUGUCAGAAGAGUUGCCCAACUAAUCUGGACAUCAAAUCGUUCAUUACGAGCAUUGCAAACAAGAACUACUAUGGGGCUGCCAAAAUGAUUCUUUCUGACAAUCCACUUGGGUUGACCUGCGGCAUGGUGUGUCCAACGUCAGAUCUCUGUGUUGGAGGCUGCAAUUUGUAUGCUACAGAGGAGGGACCAAUUAAUAUUGGUGGAUUGCAGCAGUUUGCUACUGAGGUGUUCAAAGCUAUGAAUAUCCUGCAGAUCAGAAACCCUUCCUUACCUCCUCUGGAAGAUAUGCCUGAAGCCUAUCACAUGAAGAUAGCUCUUCUUGGUGCAGGACCUGCAAGCUUAAGUUGUGCUUCCUUCUUGGCUCGGCUGGGCUACUCCAACAUCACCAUAUUUGAAAAACAGGACUACUUUGGUGGCUUAAGUACGUCUGAAAUCCCCCAAUUCCGUUUGCCGUAUGAUGUUGUGCAUUUUGAAGCUGAGCUGAUGAAGGAUCUUGGAGUGAAGAUCGUUUUUAACAAAGGCCUUGCUGUAGAUGGAAUGACUCUCCGUACCUUGAAAGAUGAUGGCUACCAGGUGAUCUUUAUUGGAAUAGGUUUGCCAGAACCAAACAGAGACAGUAUAUUCCAAGGACUGAGAACAGAUCAAGGAUUCUACACGUCUAAAGACUUCCUGCCUCUGGUGGCAAUGGCAAGCAAACCAGGGAUGUGUGCCUGUCACUCUCCACUGCCAUCAAUCCACGGGACUAUCAUUGUACUCGGUGCCGGAGACACUGCCUUUGACUGCGCAACCUCUGCUUUGCGCUGCGGAGCUCGCCGCGUGCUUGUGGUCUUCAGGAAGGGAUUCACUAACAUCAGAGCUGUCCCUGAAGAGAUGGAACUUGCAAAAGAGGAGAAGUGUGAAUUUCUGCCUUUCCUGUCCCCUCGGAAAGUUGUCCUUAGGGGCGGGCGGAUUGUUGCUAUAGAGUUUGUUCGAACUGAGCAGGACAGUGAUGGAAGCUGGAAGGAGGAUGAAGAUCAGGUUGUCCGGCUGAAAGCUGAUGUGGUGAUCAGUGCCUUUGGCUCCAUUUUAGGUGACAACAAAGUCAGAGAGGCCAUGGCACCUAUCAAGUUUAACAGAUGGGGUCUUCCUGAAGUAGACCCAGAAACUAUGCAAACAAGUGAACCCUGGGUUUUCGCAGGAGGUGACAUUGGUGGCCUCGCUAAUACUACAGUGGAAUCAGUAAAUGAUGGCAAGCAAGCAUCCUGGCACAUGCACAGAUACAUACAGUCCUUAAAUGCUGUUGCAGUUCCUGCUGUUCCAGAGCUACCACUUUUCUAUACUCCCGUCGAUUUAGUAGACAUCAGUGUAGAAAUGGUUGGCUUGAAGUUUCCAAACCCUUUUGGUCUUGCGAGUGCAACCCCUACCACUAGUUCUGCAAUGAUUCGAAGAGCUUUUGAUGCUGGAUGGGGCUUUGCUGUCACUAAAACAUUCUCACUGGAUAAGGAUAUUGUGACCAAUGUUUCACCAAGGAUCGUGCGUGGAAUUACUUCUGGUCCUGUCUAUGGCCCUGGCCAAGGCUCUUUUCUGAACAUUGAACUGAUCAGUGAGAAAACAGCAGCGUAUUGGUGUAAAAGCAUUGCUGAGUUGAAGUCUGACUUUCCAGACCACAUUCUGAUUGCCAGCAUCAUGUGCAGCUACAACCGGGAGGACUGGGCUGAACUUGCAAAAAUGGCUGAGGUUGCUGGUGCAGAUGCUCUGGAGUUAAAUUUAUCAUGUCCUCAUGGUAUGGGGGAGAGAGGCAUGGGCCUGGCCUGUGGGCAGGAUCCAGAGCUGGUACGAAACAUCUGCCGCUGGGUUAGACAAGCUGUUGGGAUUCCUUUCUUUGCCAAGCUGACCCCAAAUGUCACUGAUAUUGUGAAUAUCGCAACGGCUGCAAAGGAAGGUGGUGCAGAUGGUGUUACAGCUACCAACACUGUGUCAGGACUGAUGGGACUGAAAGCAGACAGCACACCUUGGCCAGCAGUUGGUGGAAGACUGAGGACCACAUAUGGUGGCAUGUCAGGAAAUGCCAUCAGGCCCAUUGCCCUGCGUGCAGUGUCUGCCAUAGCCCGUGCUCUCCCAGGAUUUCCCAUCCUAGCGACUGGAGGCAUCGAUUCGGCUGAAAGUGGGCUCCAGUUUCUGCACAGUGGGGCUUCUGUCUUACAGGUAUGCAGUGCAAUCCAGAAUCAAGAUUUCACUGUUAUCGAUGACUACUGCACAGGACUGCGAGCUCUUCUUUACCUGAAAAGCUUUGAUGAAUUCAAGGACUGGGAUGGACAGAGCCCUGCCACCACUCGCCAUCAGAAGGGAAAACCGGUGCCUAGGAUUGCGGAUCUGAUAGGAAAGAAACUCCCCAGUUUUGGACCUUACCUGGAAGAACGGAAGAAGAUAAUAGCUGAGAACAAGACUAAACUGAAGACAGCGAGUGUGUCUGCUAUGCUUCCAGAGAAAAAGCAUUUCAUUCCAAAGAAGCCCGUUCCAGCAAUCAAGGAUGUAAUUGGAAAAGCACUGCAGUAUAUUGGAACAUAUGGUGAGCUCUGCAACACAGAGCAAGUUGUGGCUCUGAUAGAUGAGGAAAUGUGUAUCAACUGUGGCAAAUGUUACAUGACCUGCAAUGAUUCUGGCUACCAGGCUAUCCGGUUUGACCCCGAAACCCACCUGCCCACGGUGACCGACAGCUGUACGGGCUGCACCCUGUGCCUCAGCGUCUGCCCCAUCAUCGACUGCAUCCGCAUGGUUUCCAGGACAACCCCUUACGAGCCCAAGCGUGGGCUGCCCUUAGCUGUCAGCCCCACACACACAGGCCUGCGUUCCCACACCUGAUGGCAGUUUGACACUUGCUUGAUGCCAUUGAUUUGCUUUCCAAUGAGUCCUGGAAAAUCUACUCAUAAUCACGCUUCCCCCCUCCCCCCGCCAAAAUGCAAUAUUGAUAGCCCUUACCACAAGCGAUGUGCUCUCUAAUUAUUACUUUGGAAACAAUGAAGUUGUGAGAUUACAGAAAGGGUAGCAAUUAGUGAGUGGUGCUGGCGGCUGCCCGCUACUUGAAGUGGAACUUUUUCUCCUUUCCGAUUCACGCUGUAAUUUCAGAAAUUUCUCUAUAGACUCAUUAAUCUGGAUGCAUUUUCUUGGCUGUAAAUAUAAUUAAGAAAGCAUUUUUAAUGAACUACAAGCGAACUUUAUUUUGAGGGGUUUUUCCAGGGGAGGCAUUUUGUAAUUAAACAUUACAUUUGCUUUUAAAAAGAGGUUUUUAGAAGAUGUAAUUAACUACGUAGCAUUCAAACAAAGCCAUGUGGCUUCUAUUUUUCUGUGGGAAAAAAAAUAAAAUGAAAGGGAGUUUAAAAUAGGAUUUAAGAACCGGAUUAAUUGCUUUCAACUACUACAGCAUAUGGUAGUGUAUUUUUAUAAUCCUUUCUAAUUCUUUCUCACAGUAGUCACUCUGUAGAAUAAAUUUGCUGUGCACUGGCACACGUUGGACUCCUCAGAUUUGUGGGUCAGCGUGGGUAGUUUGAUUGUAGCUUUUCCUCCUGCAAUGACCACUUAGCUCCCAGAAUCCCAGAAAACAUCCAGUUGGAAGAGACCUCCAAGCUCACCCAGUCCAACUUUUCACACAGUUUAGGGUCAAUUCUAAACCAUGUCCCUAAGCACCAGCUCCACAGGCUGCCUAAACACCUCCAGGGGUGGUGACUGCAGCACUGCCCUGGGCAGAUCAUUCCAGUGGCUGAGAACCCACUCUGAGAAGAAAUUUUUUCCUAGCAUCCAGUCUGAACCUCCUCUGGGGCAGCUUGGAACCAUUUCCUCUGCUCCUGUCUCUUGCCACCAAGGAGCAGAGGCUACCCCCUCCUCGCUCAGACCUCCCUGCAGGGAGCUGUAGAGAGCAAUGAGGUCUGCCCUCAGCCUCCUCUUCUCCAGCCUGAACACCUCCAGCUCCCUCAGCCCCUCCUCGUAGCCCAGGUGCUCCAAGCCCCUCUCCAGCCUCACUGCCCUUAUCUGGACAGACUCUAGACCCUUAAUGUCCUUCCUGCAAUGAGAGGCCCAGAACUGAACACAGCACUGGAGGUGUGGCCUCAGCUCCUCUUGUCCCUGCUGCCCACCCUGUUUCUAACUGAAGCCAAGAUGCCGUUGGCUUUCUUGGCCACCUGGGCACUGCUGGCUUGAAUUUAAUCAACUGUCAGCCAGAACCCCCAGGUUCCUCUCAGAGUUGCAGCUUUGCAACUCCCUAAGAAGAGUUAAACCUUAUUAUGAAGUCCAGGUUGCAUUUCAGGAAUCUGAACUGUGACAACAUUUUUUUUUCUUCAAGCUCAUCAUCUCAAUAACUUUUUAAUUGUGCCAAUUAACGUUGCAGAAUGUACACGUUACAGGUCAGAGAUCUGAUUAGGUGCAAAUGGAAUGCAUGCCCUGCAGACUCUGUUUGCCAAACACAGACACAAAGGGCAAGCUGGCAAGAUGAUUUCCCUCAGUGCCAAUCCUUCAUACUUAUUGGUUAUGUAUGGUUAUAAUAGUUUCACAACAAAAAAGCAAUAUAUAUUGGUCUCUUUCACUAAACAAUAUCUGUUUUAAUCAAUCUUUUUCAUUCACAGAGGGAACUUUCUACUAUGAACAUAUUGCUGUCUGCUUAAGAAUAUGAAACCUUUAGUCUCAUAGUAAUAACAAAUGUUCUACUUUUAAUUUCUUAUCCCCUACAUUAUCAGCAAAAGCUUUGAUUAGAAAUAUACCCUGGCUUCUGUUUCUUGAUUUAUGAGCUGAGAACUGAAUCAGAAAUAAACAGCACUGAAACCAACCUGA